AUAUAAUUAUAAUCAUAAUGGCACAAUAACCAUAAGCAGUAGCAUAUGCAGCACUUCUUUUAGCAGGCUCAAAUACUCCAUUAACAGCUGAUAAUGUUGAAAAAUUGACCAAAAAAGCAGGAGUGAAUGUUCCAAAAUAAUUGGCAGCCGCAUUCGUUAAAGCUUUCGAGGGUAAAGACAUCCUCAGUUUACUCUCUGUUGGAGGAGGAUAAGGCUCAGCCCCAGCUGCUUAAACAACUUAAGCUGCUGCUAAGCCAGCUGAAGCUCCAAAGGUAGCUGAAAAACCAAAAGACCCAGAACCUGAAGAAGAUGUUGAUAUGGGAGGCUUAUUUGAUUGAAAUCAAUUACAAUAGUACACAUUCAUAAUAUAUUUAACUUUGCAUUUCAUAUU